AUGUCCCGGAGGCAAGGCGCACCCUCUCCCUCUUCGGUUUCAUUUGCGUCCGAGGAGAAACUGACACUCCCUCUGCAGGAAGAUGAUAAACCUUUCCCAGUCAAGCUCUCCGACGAGAGUUUCGAAACCUACAACCUCGAUCCUCCCUCGUACACACUUGACACCACGAAAAAGGAGCUGAAACAGAUGUACUAUGACAUGGUGGCAAUACGUCGUAUGGAAAUGGCGGCCGAUAGACUGUACAAGGAGAAGAAGAUUCGAGGAUUCUGCCACUUGUCAACCGGUCAGGAAGCCGUUGCUGUGGGUAUCGAACACGCAAUCACCCGCCAGGAUGCUAUCAUCACGGCUUACCGAUGCCACGGCUUUGCGCUCAUGCGUGGUGGCACCGUCAAAUCCAUCAUUGGUGAACUCCUUGGGCGACGAGAGGGCAUCGCCUACGGGAAAGGAGGUUCGAUGCACAUGUUCGCUCCAAAUUUCUACGGUGGUAAUGGCAUUGUUGGAGCCCAAGUCCCUGUUGGUGCUGGUAUCGCCUUUGCGCACCAGUACACUGGCAGUAAGACCGCUACCAUCACUCUGUAUGGCGACGGCGCUUCCAACCAGGGUCAAGUCUUUGAGGCUUUCAACAUGGCCAAGCUGUGGAACCUUCCCGUUUUGUUUGGCUGCGAGAACAACAAAUACGGUAUGGGUACCUCGGCCGCUCGAUCGUCCGCUUUGACCGAGUACUACAAGCGAGGACAAUACAUCCCCGGUCUGAAGAUCAAUGCGAUGGACGUUCUCGCCGUCAAGGCCGCCGUUCAGUACGGCAAGGAAUACACCGCCAGUGACAAGGGACCAUUGGUGUUCGAAUAUGUCACGUACCGAUAUGGUGGCCAUUCCAUGUCAGACCCAGGUACAACCUACCGAACCAGAGAGGAAAUUCAACGGAUGCGAUCAACCAAUGACCCCAUUGCAGGGCUCAAGCAGAAGAUCCUGGACUGGGGAGUGUGCACAGAAGAUGAGCUCAAGCAGAUUGAUAAAAAGGCGCGAGAGGAUGUUGAUGCAGAGGUUGCCGAGGCCGAAAAGAUGCCACCUCCAGACCCGACGGAAAAGAUUCUUUUCGAGGAUAUCUACGUCCGUGGAAGCGAGCCAGCUUACAUUCGUGGUCGCACACCCGAUGAGACAUACUACUACUGA